CAGGGCGGGGCGGGGCAGGGGCCGGGCUGGUGCUACAGCUAGAGAUGCUGUCGGAUCGCGACGGCGCUAGGCAGCCGGGAUUUCUGCAUUGAAGACAAGGGGUAAAGUGAAUGCUGAGAACAGAAGAAUCGGAUGACACAGGCCACUGAAUUUCUUUGCGUGGAGUACACGUUAUGAACCCUUUCUGGAGCAUGUCUACAAGCUCUGUACGCAAACGUUCUGAUGGUGAAGAGAAGACAUUAACAGGGGACGUGAAAGCCAGUCCUCCACGAACUGCACCAAAAAAACAGCUGCCUUCUAUUCCCAAAAAUGCUUUACCCAUAACUAAGCCUACAUCUCCCGCCCCAGCAGCACAGUCAACAAAUGGAACACAUGCUUCUUAUGGACCCUUCUACCUGGAAUAUUCUCUGCUCGCAGAAUUUACCUUGGUUGUGAAGCAGAAAUUACCUGGAGUCUAUGUGCAGCCAUCUUAUCGCUCUGCAUUAAUGUGGUUUGGAGUAAUAUUCAUGCGGCAUGGGCUUUAUCAAGAUGGUGUGUUCAAGUUUACAGUUUACAUCCCUGAUAACUAUCCAGAUGGUGACUGCCCACGCUUGGUGUUUGAUAUUCCCGUCUUUCACCCGCUAGUUGACCCCACCUCAGGUGAACUGGAUGUGAAAAGAGCAUUUGCAAAAUGGAGGCGGAACCAUAACCAUAUUUGGCAAGUAUUAAUGUAUGCACGGAGAGUUUUCUACAAGAUUGAUACAGCAAGCCCCCUAAAUCCAGAGGCUGCAGUACUGUAUGAAAAAGAUGUUCACCUUUUUAAAAGCAAAGUGGUCGACAGUGUUAAGGUGUGCACUUCUCGUUUGUUUGAACAACCUAAAAUAGAAGACCCUUAUGCUAUUAGCUUUUCUCCAUGGAAUCCUUCUGUACAUGAUGAAGCCAGAGAGAAGAUGCUGACUCAGAAAAAGCCUGAAGAACAGCACAAUAAAAGUGUUCAUGUUGCUGGCCUGUCAUGGGUAAAGCCUGGCUCAGUACAGCCUUUCAGUAAAGAAGAAAAAACAGUAGCAACUUAAGAGAUGAUGAGUCUAGUGCACCAUGCACUUUCCUGCUGGACUCUGGCCUAGUCAAAGCUGACUGAUGGCAAAGGACUGCCUGAAGAGUAAACGGUGUGAACAAUGACUGUUUAUCAGUGUUUCCGACGUAUGCAUAGAUUCUAACAGCAGGUUUCAGAAACUCUUUAAGUAAUGCGUUACUUCUGUCAGAAGUGUCUUAGGGCGAUUGUCUAGAUCAGUACUCCAAAUUAUUGGGGAUCUUGAGGGUCAAGUAUUUUUCUGAAUAUAAUGCUAAAGUUAAGUUGCAUUCACUUACACUAAUAGAGCAGACCGAAAUCAGCACUAUUUAAUAGUUUUUAAAUCAAUGGUUUCAGUUGUACUUAGGAUAUGAAGAGGACAGGUAUAGAGAGAGCAGAUUACAGAGCUUAGCACUUUCAAGUGGAAGAUUGUUUGAAUUUCAGUCUCCAGCCUGUCUCACUGAUUUACAAACUGCUGUCUCUGAGAAAAAGAGUGAGGAAACCAAAAUGCUUGUUCAUAGUUGGUUUUUCUUUUUAAAGCAAAUUACUUACUGUAUUUUUAUGGCAGGAGGGAGGAAAAAGUGUUAAAACGGUUUCUAAUGAAGUCAAAUAUUUAAAUGAUGAAUGAUUAAUGUGUUUAGUAGAGACAAAAUAAACCAAUAAAUGAUUGUUCUUUGUCAUUUAUGUAUGCAGGAAACUUAAUACUGUUUCUCAAUAUAACUAAACAAAGACUAAUUUAUAAAUGCUUUAUUAAAAAUACAUUUAUUUUCAUAUAAAAUUACAGUAGCUGUAGCUUCAGAAAUUUUAUAAAUAUUUUUUGCAGAACACUAUUCUAAUUGAAUAGUGUAAGUUCCAUGUUUCUUUUAGAGCAAUAUGAAGUUACCUAGUAACUUUGUUUAUACUGAUUCAAUUUACAGUUAAAUUUUCUUCCUAAUAAGAUUAUUAAUUCAAUUUCAAAACUGCUGGAACAAUAAUGAUUAAUAAAGGUAUAUAUAGAUAACUCAAUAGCUGUUAAAUAACAUUUUCUAAUUUAUAUAAAUGGUACUAUGUACUAAUAAAGACCUAAAUUCUUCCACUUAUUUUUUAAACUGCCAGGAACCCACCCAAAGAUACUUCACAUGUCUUUUUUAUACCUUCUAAAAAGGUCAUAAUUUUUCACAUUAAUCCCCUCAAUUCAACCUGAUUAAAAAAGCUUUACUUUGCCAGCUGAUUCCUAUAUAACAACAAAAACUGGAGAAUUUAAAACACAUGCCCAGAGGGUAGCUACCAGGGCAUUAACAGUUUUAAGAAAGUACAAAAGCAUUAAAGAAAAUAUUGGCUGUUUAGCCUAGGAGUUUUGUACUUAAGAAACUUCAGAUUGUAGAAAGUGCCGUCACAAAUAUACAGCAAAAAUUGGGUUACAAAAUCAUGCAUUUUACAGCCGUAAAGUGCUGCCACUUCUAUAGGUUCAUUCAGACAUUGCACAGCUGAAGAAUCAGCACUUUUCACACCACACCUCACCUACUAGGGAAACGGAAGUGCACAGAGGGAACAGGAGAUAGACCAGUGACUUUGGACCUCCAAACCUAGGCUACCUCCUUCCUUCUGUUUUUGUGAAAGCAAAAAACUCAAACUCCUACCAAGUGUUUUAGGACAAAAUACCUAAGUUUUGUCUUGCUUUAACAGCUAGAGCUGACCAUGGAAAGGUAGGAAUGAAUGUGAAAGACAGUUCCUCUGUAAGAACAUGUCAACAGAGUUCUCACAUUUGAGUGCAUUUGUUCUCUACAAUAUUUAUAAAAGCUUUGCCAAACAGUUAGAGAUUGGGGUUCUGAACAGUGUUGAUGGUAAGCACUAACUGGUAGAGGAAAAGGCAGUUGGAGUGAAUAAAAAUAUCCUAAGGACAUUGGAAAGAGUAAGUACUCAUAAAAAGCUCUUCCUGUUUCUAACAGGCUCUAAAAAAAUGACUGGAUUAAGGAAAAGGGCUCCAUAAUCUAGCAUACAUUAAAUGGUGCUGCUAAAUAGUUUGUGAAAAGACAAGUUUCAAUACCAGAAACUAACCUCAGUGGGAACCUCGGUCAUUAGCUACGUCUUGGAGACGG